AUGAGGGGUAACUCUAUUUACAACAAUAAUAAUGGUAUAGUAGCCUUAGUACUACUAUACGUGCUCCUAAUAAUAAGAGUCGAUGCUAGAAUAGACCCUUUGAAGAUAACUCAACCUCGGGUGACUCUACCUUUCGAUGAUGAUAUACAACAUCCUCGACAAAUUCCACCUCAUCCUUCCAAAACUCCUCCAAAUCAACCAAUUAUUUAUCCACCUCCUAGGGUUGACGUCCAAGUAACGCCACCAAUGUCACCCCCUACGAAUCCUCCACUAAAUGCACUAAGUUAUUCACAGCUAACAGCUACUCAAACGCCUGUUAAUCCACCAAGCCCUCCUCCUUCCGCGUCCUACUCUUACCCUACAACUAGCCCUCCACCGAAUUCCAAUUUACCUAUAAUAACCCCAAUGAUUGCCCCUACACCAUCUCACUCACCUAGUAGAGCACCAAUAAUGAUGCCGCUAAGCCCUAUAUCAACUACACCAAGUGCUACUAUAAAUAUAAGUUGCCGCAGAAAUAUGUUCCUAAAAGCACAAAGAAUAGGUAUAACAGACAAAGAUGGAUACUUCUCCACCUCAUUACCACAAUGGGCAACAUCGGGUGAUUGCACGGCCACACUGGGAGACGCACCAAGGAAAUCACUUUGCUCGUUAAAGACUGAUCUUAAUGGAGGCAUAUUUGGUGCUUCUAUCACUAAAUCCAGACGUCAACCCGGUUUCAAGAUUUAUACUGUUGGUCCAUUCGCUUAUAAAUCAUCUGGCUACUGCUAA